AUGGACAUCCCUGAGUGGAUCGUGAACCUUCGCCAUGACUUCACACACAGGAAACUUCCCAGGCUGAAUACUUGUCGAAGAGGCUGUGACUUUGUCUUGGACUGGCUUCGGCGAACCUACUGGUGCCGCCAAUUAGGGAAUGAUCUCUCUGAGCCCUGGGACUCAGAAAUGGAUUUCCAUGAGACAGAGACAGAUGGGGAAGAGCGGGCAGAGCCUCACGUGGAGGAUCACCUCUCUAAAGAGGCCAGGAGAGAAAGAGAACUUCAUGAGAAGAUACGGAGGGUGCUAGUAUCCUUCGAAGAAGAGCAAUUUAGAGUGCUCCGAGAGGUGAGACAGCUGCCCAAGGCCAUCAAAGUUUGGGGAAACUCAUCCACUGAGGUGGAGUGGAUAGUGUCAAAAAUGAAGAAGCUGACCCAGGACCACGGGACUGUUGUGGUGGACAUUCUGCUCAGUGAUGGUUUCCUCAUUCCCACAGCAGAGCAGCUGGAAACUUUGCAGAUUCAGCAAACAAGAACCGUGAAUCUGAACAACCUUACAUUGGCCCGGUCCUUUUCCCACUUCUGGCAGCCUCUUUUGAAGGGCUUAGAAUCCCAGCCCUUCACCCAAGCUAUCUUGGAGAAGAUGCUAUCAUUGCUUCCAGAAUCUGGGGACACAGGGAUCCGGCCAGCCUACCUCAUCAGUUGGAUAAAUGAACUGCUAAUAGUCUAUGGCUCCUGUGUAGACCACUUCACUUCUAGCCAGCGUGCCAUCAGGAAAACAUGGAAGGUUGUAUGCCACAACUUCUCCUUGGAUUGGUCCCAAGUGCUUGAUGUCUGCCUGGAUUGUGCCUGCUGGGCUACUCUCCCUAUCCUUCAACUGCUCCUCAAAACUAUGGAGCCAGCCUUCCCCCUGGAAACUCAGGAGAACCUGCUGUGUCUCUGUACCAUCUACACCCAGGGCGGCAACCCCAAUACCAACCCCAGGUCCAGGGACGGCUCUUUGCCUAUGAGGAGGCCUGUCUACACUUUGGAAGAUCUGCAGUGGCAAGUGAGGCAGACUAUGCUGGCUGACCGGAGAAGCAGUUGCAAACCAGGGGAAGAGAAGGAGAUAGACACUGAGUUGCAAGAGCUUUAUUCCAAGACAGACUAUGACCCAAAAUCGGUACGGAGGUCCCGCAUGAGGGAGAGACCUGAGGUUCUAGCUGAAAAGCAGGCUGCAUUGAAGGGUUCUGCUUGGCAGCUUUGCACAGAUGAUGUAGACUGGAGUAAAUAUCCGCUGGGCAGGGUUCCAGGUCAGACAGAUGACCCCAAUGAACUCAUGCUCAACAACUACACUAUGAUGUCUGCUGUGAACCAACCUACAGUCCAGGAGAAUGACAAUCUUAACUCUGCAGCAACCCACAGCAGUGAAAACUUACUGUGGACCCAGGGUGAACUACAUCGCAUUAAAAACAACAUCAAGUUCUUCUAA